AGAGAUGCUUAUACGAAUGAUAGUGGAAUUAAUGGAUCGUUUUAGCUUAAUUAAUUAUUAAAAAAUUAAUCCCAUCAUUAGACAGAGGAUUAAAACAGAAAAUAAAUUCAGAUUGAACCACCAGAGAAGGUUCCCUCCUGCAUCAACACCUACAACUACAAACACUCUCCUCUCUUCCUCAGUCCCUCUACCUUUUUCUAUCCCUAAUCAACCAACACCACCAUUUCUAUAUUCAUCAUUUCUUCUUCUUCUUCUUCUCUUCUUCUUCUUCUACUGAGUUUAAUUUCAUUCAAUCUUCUAAGUUUGACUACCGUUUUCAUUGAUGUCUGUGCCACUGGAACAUGAUUACAUAGGCUUAUCAGACGCUUCUUCGUUGGAAAGAAGCUCCGAAUCCUCCAAUAUCUCUUCCGAUUCGGAAACCAACAAUGUUCUUAAUCUCAAAGCCACUGAGCUCCGACUUGGGUUGCCUGGUUUUGCUAAAAAUUCCGAAGAAAGCGCCACCAAAUUUGCUCAUGUUAAGAACUUCAUGUCAGGAGCUAAAAGAGGAUUUUCUGAUGUUAAUAUUGAGGGUUCCAGCAAAUGGGUUGUGAACGGUGGUUCUGAAGCUGAUUUGGGUAAAAGUUCUUCUGUUUUGUUUUCUCCUAGAGGCGGGAUUAAUGGUGGUUUAGAGAAAAAUCAAGUACAACAAUCGAUUUCACCUUCUAAUGUUCAACCUAUUGAAGAAAAAAAGAAAGAACAUGUCAGUCGAAAUGUUGCUCCUCCUUCUGCUAAGGCACAGGUGGUAGGAUGGCCACCCAUAAGAUCUUUCCGGAAGAACACCAUGGUCACCAAUUUGUCGAAAAACGCCGGUGAUGUAGCGACGGCGGAAGGGAAUUCCGGUGGCGGAGGGUGUCUUUAUGUGAAGGUGAGCAUGGAUGGCGCUCCAUAUCUGAGGAAGAUUGAUCUCAAGAUUUACCAUAACUAUGCAGAACUUUCAAAAGCUCUUGAGAAAAUGUUUAGUUGCUUCACUCUUGGGCAAUGUACCUCUAGUGGAGUUCGAAGGAGAGAAGGGCUUAGUGAAAGUAACCUAAAAGAUCUUCUUCAUGGGUCUGAAUGUGUAUUGACAUAUGAAGAUAAGGAUGGUGAUUGGAUGCUUGUUGGUGAUGUUCCUUGGGAGAUGUUCAUAGAUUCAUGCAAAAGAUUAAGGAUCAUGAAAGGCUCGGAAGCAAUCGGAUUAGCUCCAAGGUCGAUGGAUAAGUGCAAGAAUAAAAACUAGCAUGAGAUUGAGAUGCAAGUCUAAAAGAGACAUGUGAAGGGAAGAAAGAGAAAAGGGUUUUUGGAAAACCUCCAAGAGUUAAUAUAUGUGCUUGGAUAUUUUUGAGUUGUAGUUUUAUUGUAUUUUUCAAUAUUUUUAGUAGGCAAAACUCAUAACUGGAAGGAAGCAUCCAGUUCUUUGGUGUGUGUUGUACCACUUGACAUUUCUUAUGUAAAUGGCUUUUGUCUCCUACUCACUUCUUUUUUGUGUUGUUUUUCUAUUGUAAAUGAUUUUUUUGUCACAAAAGUAAUGGCCUACUUGCCCCAUUUUAUCAUGUUCAAAGAAUCUUAUGUUUCGAGUUCAAUGCGUGCAAUGAUCGCGUUCAAUGCAUACAACGAAGGUGCAUUGUGAGAAAAUGACAUUCACUUUGUUAUCGCGAAAUGAGAGAAAGUGGGUAGGUUUCUUUAGAAGCGAACGUGUCCCACUAGAUAAGUUAUUUAGAUAGUGUUUGGUAUGAUUGAAUCGAUGGAAUUGUUCAUUCCAUCAGGAAUGAAAAGUAAAAGAAAAAAAUUAUAACGGAAUGGAAUGGAUCUCUAUAUAAUGUGGUGUUUGAUAAGACGGAAUCAAGAAUUGAGUCGUAUGUUUUAUUCGAUCAUAAUGAAGAUUCCUGUUUGUUUUGUUCUCG